UUUAGUUUCAGAGUUGGUUCUUUCUCUCUUAUUUGUGCUGGAUCAACAUCCAAUAUUUUCCAUUGUAUCCUCCCUGUUCGAUCUCCUCCACCCUCAGUUCCUCCUUUCCCACCCACCCUACUUUCUAAUUGGAUUUCAUUACCAUUUCCUUUCACUUUUUCCCAGCCACACUCUGGUUGGAGCGGCUCUGGUAGGAGCGGCUUUGCUGGGUUCUCUUCGGCACACUCAAACAUCAGCGGCAGCUCGCAAAGACAUCACUCUACAUCAACUGCCGUGACACUGCAAUGACAUCACUCGGGUUGUUGCCCUUGUUGCAGUCCCUCCUUCUCCUCCAAGUCCAUCUUUCCAACCAGUUAGAAGACAACAAGAUCCCUCCCAGUCUGUGUACUGGGCACCCUGGUAUCCCGGGCUCUCCGGGAGCUCAUGGCAGUCCUGGUCAGCCAGGGAGAGACGGGAGGGAUGGGAGAGAUGCUGCUGCAGGGGAGAAGGGACAGAAGGGGGACAUGGGAUACCCAGGUGAGACAGGACUGCGUGGCUUGACCGGGGACAGAGGGGAGACAGGAGAAAAAGGGGAGAGGGGGCAGUCAGGAGAGUGCGCAGUGGCCCCCAAAUCAGCCUUCAGUGUCAAACUCUCCGAGGGCCACACUUCACCCAUCACUGUGGGCAAUGUAGUCCGCUUCGACAAGGUCGUGCUCAAUGAACAGGGCGACUACAACGCAGAGACAGGACAAUUCACCUGCAAAGUGCCAGGGGUUUACUACUUUGCCGUUCACGCCACAGUCUACCGCGCCAGCCUCCAGUUUGACCUGAUGAAAAACGGACACACAGUGGCCUCUUAUUUUCAGUUCUACGGCAACUGGCCCAAACCAGCAUCUCUUUCAGGCGGCUCCCUGCUUCACCUCAUCCCUGGUGACCAGGUGUGGGUCCAGAUGGCUCUGUCAGAGUACAAUGGGUUUUACUCCAGCACCAAGACAGACAGCACCUUCACCGGCUUCCUGGUGUACUCAGACUGGAAAAACUCUGCUGUGUUUGCAUGACACGUGCUUUUGCUUUUUUGGUGCCUAUUUCAAUUUUCUAAUUGAGAAGUUCUGGAUAAAGACAAGGCAAUAGGCUGUGACGUGGUACAUCUGUAUUUGUGUAACGAGUAUAAAACACCAGACAAUGUUACUUGAAUGGCACAUACCGUACUGGUGAAGUGUGAGGUACACACACUGUUUAUUCAGUGUCUGUUCCUCAGCUGGAGCCUUUAAACGGCUGUGACACUUAAUUCUUGUAACAGAUGUUGUGACAAUGGCUUCCAGCCAACUCCAGGCCACAAAUUCAAACAGCUUUCAUGCCUUUAUUGCACUUUUGUUUCCCAUCAAUAUCUGCACAGCAAACGUGACAAAUGAAUAAAUCAUUGUAGUAUAUAAAACACGCAUGACUGAUAUAAUUUGAGCCAUAAAUACACAUUCAUACUGGAUACUGUGAGGCGAUCCGUUUUACUAAUUGUUAUAAGUCAGUUCUACACUUUAAUCGCCAAACAUGAUACAUGCUGAUGGUGAUAUUUGUCAUUUUCUUAUACCAUGCCUGCCUGUGCACUUCUGUUUGAUUAUGUAAAGUAGUCAUUUACCUGAUUGCAGUGGGGGGAAAAGUACUCAGGUUAAAACUGUGUAAAAACACUCAAUUACAUGGAAAUUCCUGCAUUCAAACUUCUAAUUUUAAGUACAGUUGUAUCAUCAACAAAAUUUACUUAAAGUAUUUAAAGUACUCGCUUUGCAGAAAAUGGCCCAUUUGACUGAUUUGAUAUUAUUCAGGAAAUUAUUAAAUUGUUAACACUGAUGCAUCAAUGUAUGCGUGGCAUUUUAGUGCUGUAGCUGGUUAAGAGAAGUUAAGUAGAGGGUAAAUCCCCUAUCUGUUGAAACUGCUAACAACUUAAAGAUCUGAGACAUGACAAGGGGCCCCACAUAGUAAUAGUGUCAACGAGGCUCAUAGGUCAAAAAGAUAGGGAGCCAGUGGUUUAAUUGUUAACAACGCAUCAUAUUUUAUAAGCUUGUCAUGUUUUUUUAAAUGUAAAAACUUAAUCUGAAAAGUAACUAGUAGCUGUAACUGUUAAAUAAAUAAGUAAAAUUGCAACGUUUUCCUCUGAAAUAUAGUGGAGUAGAAGUAUAAAAAUAGGAUGAAAUGGAAAUACUUUAGGAAAGUACUGUAAAAGCAGGAUACUCACUUGUCUUAGUCACUUUCAACCAUUGCCAGAUUGAUCAACUUUCAAAAGGCAUUUUUAUCAAUAAAAGCCGACACCCAA